AUGUCUCUGUCAGGGAGACGUAUAUCUGGAUUCAACCCCAUGGCUGCCGUCGACGUCGAACAGGUUGAAGCUGCCAUGAAGAUGGCUGCUCUUGAUUCAUUCAAGGGCUAUGCUCAGAACAACUACGGCACCGUGAACCAAUACCGAUCAACAGACUAUGUUUCCAAGAACAAUGCUGGAGGCUACCAAGUCCUCCGGGAACCUGCGUGGAACAAAGGUACUUCCUUUAGCCCUGAAGAAAGAGUAUCCAAAAACCUCUCUGGGCUCAUACCUCAUGUCCUAGAGAGCUUGGAGACCCAAUGUCAACGGGCCAUGCGCAUGAUCAACAGUCGAGGAACCAACGUCGACAAAUAUCUCUAUCUCUCCUCCCUCAAACAAAACAACACCGAUCUCUUCUACCGUCUCCUGAUCGACAACGUCCAACAGCUCAUGCCACUCGUCUACACCCCCACGAUCGGUGAUGUCUGCCUCCAAUACUCAACUCUCUACACCCACCCCGAAGCUCUCUACAUCUCCAUCAAGCAACGAAAGUCGAUUGCCACCAUUCUGAGGAAUUGGCCGUACCCAGAUCCAUCAAUUUGUGUCGUGACAGACGGAUCCCGUAUCCUUGGUUUGGGUGAUCUCGGCGUAAAUGGCGUUGGUAUCUCGAUCGGGAAACUCGCGCUCUACACAGGAGCAGCAGGUAUUCACCCCGAAAAGACGCUGCCCAUCGUUCUCGACUGCGGAACCGCAAAUGAGGGCAACCUCCGAGAUCCCCUGUAUCUCGGUCUGAGACAGAAGAGAGUCACUCCAGAAGUGGCGUUGGAGUUCAUGGACGAGUUCAUGGCUGCUGUCAAGGAAGUGUAUCCCAACAUGCUGGUCCAAUUCGAGGAUUUCGAGACCGAGAAGGCUUUCCAGUACUUGGAGAGGUACAAGCAUGAAAAGAUGUUCAACGAUGACAUCCAAGGUACUGGUGCCGUCGUUCUCGCUGGUUACAUGGGAGCAGUAAACCUCUCCGGCGUCCCAAUCGAGGACCAACGCCUCGUCUUCAUGGGAGCCGGUUCCGCGGGUGUCGGAGUCGCCAAGCAAGUCAUGGAAUUCUACACCAAACGCGGCCUCAGUGAACAAGCCGCCCGCGACAAAUUCUACCUCGUCGACACCAAAGGUCUCGUGACCAAGGACCGCGGUGACCGUCUCGCCGAACACAAGAAGAUCUUUGCCCGAACAGACAACAACGGUCAUCAAUUCUCGACCCUCGAAGCCGUUAUCGAGUACGUGAAGCCAACCGCUUUGAUUGGUCUCACUGCCACUUUCGGCGUCUUUACCGAGAGCGUGGUGCGAGCUCUGAAAGUGAGCGUCGAUGCCGGCGGAUUGGGACGACGACCGAUCCUCUUCCCAUUGUCGAAUCCUUUGACGAAAGCGGAAUGUACGUUCGAGCAAGCCAUUACCUGGACCGAAGGGACCGCCAUCUUCGCCUCCGGCUCGCCCUUCUCGCCAUUCACGACCAAGAGCGGUGAUAUGAUCCAGACAUACUAUCCCAACCAAGGAAACAACGUCUACGUAUUCCCCGGUCUCGGCCUAGGCGCUAUCCUCGCCAAAGCCAGCCGAGUGACAGACAGCAUGGUGUACACCUCGGCCGCAGCGCUCGCCGGCUGCCUCAACAGCGAGGAAAUCCGCAUGGGGCUCAUCUACCCGAAGAUCGAGCGCGUGCGCGACGCCUCGGUCGUCGUCGCGAGAGAGGUCAUGAAGACUGCCCGCCGCGAAGGCGUCUCUGAACUCCCUGAGGAAACGUGGGUUGAGUGGGAGGAGUGGGGUGAUGUGGCUCUGACGAGCUGGAUUAAGAAGCAGGUUUAUGACCCCAAGUGGUAG